GACUGGCCGAACUGUGUGUAGUCCAGCUUUGCAUCUUGAGCCAUGGGAUGAGAUUUUUUCUCUGUUUCCCGAAACCAGUGCAUACAAUCCUUCGUUUUUUUUAUUACACUCUAUCUCUGGUCCUAACCGAGCCUCACCCAUGGAUCCCUCCUCCGCCCAACUGACCGACUGGCUUCAGUCCGGCCGCUACCUCGACGUCCUCCUGAGUGAGCAGGGGGGCUCUCUCAUCGACGAGUUUGUUUCGUCACUGCCGCCGGUAUCUCUGACCACCACCACCACAUCUGCACCAUCUGCAGCUAGCAAUGGUACAAGUACAAGUACCACUGGCGGAGGGGUUGGCGAUGACCACGGCGCCACGAACGGUAGCACCAGCAGAAGAAGAAGAGAAGAAGUAGUCUCCCCUAGGGACCGCACGGCUGUCGGCCUCGCGGCGCUGCACGCCUUCCUCCAGGCGAAUGUCACGGGUCCUGUGCUGGACGAGCAGCGGGCGGCGAAGGUGCGGGACCGGUUCCUCCUGCACUUGUCUUCUUCUUCUACUAUCAGUACUACUACUAGUACUAGUAAUAGUCUCCGACAGCUGAAGCGAGCGUGUCUCGCCACGCUCGAGGUGGAUGGUGUCGAGGUGUAUGAGCACGUGCCGCACGUGGAGCUGUUUGGGCUGGCCAGGUUUAUUUUUGUUACUGCUAGUAAGGAGGAUGAAGAGGAGGAGGGGGAGGGGGACGGGAGGUCGCAGAAAAAUUGGCGCGCCCUAAGGGUGCAUGUCUGGCAUUACAAGCUGCUGACGCAGCCCAGUCUCGGGCCCGGGUCGGUGUUCAACAAGAGCGCGGCGUGGUGCGAUGUGCCGAGCCUGCAGGAUCGGAUUGAGAAGGGGUUGAGCGAGGUGGAGAGGGAGGUGGAAGGGAAAGGAGAAGUGGGGGAGAAGGUGCGGUUUCUGGUUGAGAAGGCUAAUGUGCACAUCAUGCUGGGCCAGGAUGGGAAGGCGAAGGAGGCGCUGCGCAGGGCGGCCGAGUUGAGUGGGUUCGUGUAUGCGCUGUCUGGCGCGAUGGGCAAGCGGACGCGGUUCCAGGAGAAGAGUAUCAGCCAGCUGGUGGUGUUGGCGAAGAGCGGGGAGGGGUUGCAGAUGCGGAACAACGGGGAGGAGGGGGCCGGGCAGGCGAAACCGCUGGCGCUGGCGCUCAACGACGACACGCUGCUUGAGAAUCUCGAGUUUACGAAGGAGGAGCGCGGAAAGGAGGAUGAGGGGAAGUCCGAGCUGCCCGCGCCGCUGAAGGACCUCCCGCCGGAUGAGCAGCCGCAGCUGUCGCCGCUCGACCAGAUCAUCCUGCUCGCCGAGGCUACGCUGAAGGAUGCCUUCUCGCCGGCUGACUCGCUGACGGCGGAGGAGGUGCUGCCCUUUGCCGUCCGUGUCAUCGCGGACAAGUCGACCAACUGGCAGAUUUACACGCAUGCGUUGCUAGUGCGGUCGAGAAUCGAGGUGCACCGGAGCAGGACCGUCGAGCGGGGCGUGCUGCAGAUGCAGGCCGUGGUGGACCAGGUAGUCGUCGACACGACACAGCCGGCCGCGGAGACCAGCACAGAGUCUAGCGAGGAUGGGAGUUCGUCACAGCCUCCUGUUCCGGACAUCCAGAUCAGCCCCGCAGACAGAGACGAAGCGAAGAAGCCUGCCAACAAGCCGACAUCCUUCCUCCCCGCCCCGAAACCGACCGAGACAGCCCCAGCACAGGUGCGUCUCGAGUACAUCCACGCACUGAGCUCGCCGCCGAGGUGGCACCUCGAGUCGGAGCUCGCGCACUCGUGGGCCAGCGUCGGGUCGCUCGUCUCGGCACUGGAGAUCUUCAAGCGGCUCCGGCUGUGGGCCGAGGUCGCUGUCUGCUAUGCCAGCACCGCGGCCGCCGGCGACGAGGACGGGCGCGGCAGCGGCGGCGAGGCCAAGGCCAAGGCCGUGCUGCGCUGGCGGUUGUUCCACAGGACAGGCACGUCGGCGGGGCAACAGCCUGGCUCUGACGAGGUAGAUGAGGACGAAGAGGUCGAUCUCGACGAACUCAAGGAGGCGGAUUACCACGGUCCCGAACGCCAGCCGUCGCCGCCCAAUGCGCCGCGCCUGUGGUGCAUUCUCGGAGACAUCGAGAACGAGCCGGCGCACUACGAGCGGGCGUGGGAGAUCUCCAAGCAUCGAUUUGCGCGGGCGCAGCGGUCGCUGGGCGAGUACUACCUGGCACAAAAGAACCUGCAACGCGCAAGGGAGGCUUACAGCAAGGCCGUCGCCGUCAACCGCCUGAGCUCGGAGCUGUGGAAUCGGCUAGGAGACAUCAACCUGCGUCUGGGCGAUGUCGCCGCCGCCGCAGAGGCGUAUCAGCGCGCCAUUGCCGCGGCCAACGACGUCGUCGGUGGCGAGGACGCCCGCACGUGGAGCAACCUCGGCAGCGCCCUCUUCAGUCUCUACUUGGAGCGCGCUGAGGAAGUCAAGCGGCAGAAGGAGAAAGGCACUUCACAACCACAACAACAACAGCAGCAAUCAAACGAUGACAACCAGGAGGAGGAGGUCUACGAGUCCGCUACACCCCAACAACCCUCGCCCUCCCAACGCGACCCCUCCACGUUACUCUCGCAAGCGCUAGCCGCGUACAAGCGCGGCGCCAACAUCGCCCGCGACAACUGGCGCAUCUGGGACAACGUCAUCACCCUCGCCUCGCGCCUGCGCCCGCCGCCCGUGACAGACCUGCUUCUGGGGCUGCGCAACGUCCUGCGCAUCCGCGCCACCGAAGACGCGCUGGAUGUGGACGUGCUCCGGUUGCUUGUCAACGAGGCUCUGCUUUCCCGCGAAGACAGCAAGCCAUCCUCGUCUUGUACGUCGCUGGACGAGCUGCCGCGGGGUACCGAGCAGCGGGCCGUGUGCGAGUUUCUGGAGAGGAGCGUCGUCCCCGUCAUCACGGCGCGCUCCGACCUCUGGGAGCUGGUCACCCGCGAGCGGGUGUGGCGCGGAGAUUACGCCGGUGCCGUGGAUGCCGCCGAGCGAGCGUGGCGCGCUGCCUUGGGGGGAUCGCUUGGUGGCGGUGGGUCGCUGCUGCCCUCGAGUAGUAGUAGUGGGAACGCGGACAAGAAGGACGGUACGACGAACUGGCUGGAGGAUAGGGAGGGCUGGAAGACGGUCGUGGACCGCACGGACGAGCUCGUGUCGAUGCUGGAAAACUAUGGCGAGCUGGUGGCCGAGAUCGGGCCCAAGUGGAAGGGGAAGGCGCGGAGUGCGGUGCGGAGUGUCAUGGGCAAGGCCAAGGAGAGCUGGGAGGGGAGUGAGGAGUGGGAGAGGCUUGUUGGGUUAUUGGAGGGGCUGCGGUGAUGUUUUAGUUUUACUACGAGCACCUUGAAUGUUUGUCGGGAGAGAAAAUGAAUUUUGUUGUAAUAGUAGCAGGGUACUUGGCGACUCUAGAUACAAGCUUCUUUGGGACAUCCAUUGCUUUUCUUUUGCUGGUUUCACUUGACGUCGAAGUCAGCAAUGCAGAAGGAUUGUCUCGAUAAAAGACUUGCGUCCUAGCUAGGUAUCUAUCUGAGUGCUUCAAAGUGUCAGAUCACGAAUGUGCGGCGGUUGGAAGUUUCGAGACAGAGACACGCAGCGCUUAUCCAACCCCUCGACAGUCAACGCUUUCAAACCCCUCGCGAGUCAAUGAAUGAGAGAGUAAGUGAGUCAGGCAGUUGUGUCGUAUUCAACGUCUCCGACUCCUCACGCCUACAGACCGGAAAGAAAAAGUCUUAGGUAGAGAAGGAAAAAAAGCAAAGACAAGGAACCCUAGCCUAAAU